UACUGGUAGACUCUUGCUCCGUAGUAGUGUCACAACUAACCUCUUGUAAAUCUCACCCCCUCGUCUUCUAUAAGCUACUUUUAACACAAGUCUGACAUAAUAUAUUUACACAAAAUGGGUGACUCUAACAAUACUCAUAGCAUUGCGGACUACCUCGCGCAGCUGUUAAAGGAUAAGAAACAGCUAGCAGCCUUCCCAAGUGUGUUCUUACACGUCGAAAGACUUCUCGAUGAAGAGAUCAACAAAGUGCGAGCCAAUCUCUUUCACAUCAAUGGUGGCGUGAAGGAGCCCCUCACGCUCCCUGACCCAGUGGGUCCCCCUGUCACUUUAUCUGACAAGGUCUACGUCCCUGUCAAGGACCAUCCAGAUUUCAACUUCGUGGGCCGGAUACUUGGGCCUCGGGGCAUGACAGCCAAACAGUUGGAGAAUGAGACUGGCUGUAAAAUAAUGGUACGCGGAAAGGGGUCCAUGAGAGAUAAGAAAAAGGAGGAACAAAAUCGUGGCAAACCAAAUUGGGAGCACCUAAAUGAAGACUUGCAUGUGCUCAUCACAGUAGAAGACACUGACAACAGAGCCAAGAUCAAGAUUCAGAGAGCCAUUGAAGAAAUCAGAAAGCUCUUGGUUCCAUCGGCGGAUGGGGAGGAUGAGCUCAAGAAGCGGCAGUUAAUGGAACUUGCAAUUAUAAAUGGCACCUAUAGAGAUUCUUCCAGCAAAAAUGCAGUGGCCUUUUUUGCCUCUGCCCAGAGCAGCCACUUUAAUGGGGGUCGACUGUACCCAGUGAACGAAAUUGAGGCUCUGGGUCAUCUUACAGGGGAGGUUCCACGCCUGCUUACCCCAGGAAUGGGACUUCAGUCCCCUAUACGCACCACUACGCCACUGGGAGGCCCGCCUCUUAUCAUGCCAGCCAGAAUUCAUGUACCCACCUCCACAUCGCUGAUCAAUGGAACUGGAAGUGCUGGCAUACCUCCACCAUUGAUUGCUGCAAGUGAUGCCUCAGCUGGUCUCCUCUACGCUCCAUAUGCUGCUGCUGCGGAGUAUGCUGCUGCCAACUAUGCUGCCAUCACCUCACCACUCCUGACUGAAUACCCCCCGGAUGCUGCUGGUGUAGCGGCCAAGCAGCGGCGCCAUUUGGGCCAGGCACGGGAGCACCCCUAUCAAAGGACGGGUACGCUCUCGUAGGCCACAUCCCAGCCGACCUGGCGCGUUGCUAACCCGCCCCGGGCUCCUUCUCUUGUGUCCCUCGUGUCACUACUGACCAGCACUGAGGCACCACCACCACCACUCCAUCACCACCACCACCACCAUUCACCCUAGGAUACACCACUAACCUCGCUGCGCUCUGGGUGCUGCCGCAUCUCCCACCCGGCUCCACGAUCGUUGGUACGUGCCUUCAGUACCGCAAAAUUUUGCUCUGAAUCAGGGCAGGAUUUACGACCCUAGGGUCUUGCGGCGGCGGCCAUACUGUCGACCCGUGAACAAGGGCAGGGUGUACAACGAAGGUGGGCAUAGGGAAGCCUACAUGCAUAAUAUAAAUGAAGGCUUUGGCUGCCUACACCUUCCUUCUAGCCUGCCUGCCUGUAUGCCUUUUUGAGGCGCAGCCAUAAUUUUUUUCUGAACUAAACAUUUAAAAGUACUGUAUUGCACUAACUUAACGUCUACUACUAAAUAGGACAGAAAAUCUAAAAGUUCAAAAAAUCGUUCCUAGGGUGAUAUAUGAUGCUCAGUUUUAGGCAGCUUCUACUUAGGAUUUCCAGUGACACAGGUGACAAAUCAGUGAAAGAGAAGAUGGGUCAAAUCUGUUCAAAGCAUGUUGUUAUAAAAGUGAAAGUCAUUUGAGACAGGUACUAUACAAAGUGUGCAUUUAGAGAUGGUGCUAACGUUCAGCUCGGUCACACAGCUUUAUCCUUAGGGUCUUUGUGUUGUUGGUGUUAUAUUUUAUCAUUUUUAGAUUAGUGAAUAAUAGAUGUUUAAUGAAUCUCAAUAGCUUCUAUCACAGCGUGUCAUGUAGCUCAUGUCUUAAGCAUGUUCUAAGCCUAGUGCUAUGAUCUGGGACUAUAAAUAUGCAAAGUGGGUAAACAAGUGUGUAUUCAUUAAUAAUUGUAGUGGCAUAUAGCCCAUGGUUGAAGUAAAAAGGUGCAGCUUGUGAUUACUCAUGAAUUGAUAUAUAUGUUUGAUAAGAGGACAAAAUCAAGGUAUGAGCAUAUUUAGGUAUGAAAAGGUUUCAAAAUUUACAGGCACAACAUUUACAUUUCAUAACUAAAGCAUAAUGAGGAUUUUAGGAACAGGAUAUAAAAGUGUCCUAGGUUUCUGUGCUUACAGUAUUUCAUUCACUAGUACUAUAGUUUAUGACCAGUUGCCAUUUUAGGCCAGAUUUUAACCAAAAGAAUAGUAAAUUUUCUUACCAUGAUUUUCUUGUUACUAAAAGUUACAUAGUUUAAAGGGGAUGUUGCAAUUAUUCAUGGUAACUUCAUUAACUAGUGCCUUAGGUUGCCGGGUAAUCACUCCAUACAUCGUUAUUGUGUGAUUUAGAGAAUCUGUCGAUAGAUGCCAUGAAGUACCCCGAAGUGCCUUCUGUUAUGAAGCUCAGAUAUAUAUCUUAUUUUGAGUUCUAAUGUGCCAAUUUAGAAUUGAAAUUUUUUUUGACAUAAUGGUAACUGUAAGUCUUCAAAACUUAGAAGAAAAAAAAGCCAUAGUUGUGAGGAAUAGUCUCAUUAGGUUUACCUCAAAAGACUUGCAGUUUCUGUGUGAUUUAUUGAUUGGUGUUAAUAUGUCUGAAGAGCUUGACACUUAUGUACAUAGUUGUUCAUCCUCUCAUUGUACUUAAUCAUUUAUUGUUGUACUUAAGCAUGAACCUAUGCAAUGACGAUAAAUAUUAGAAGCAUUUUUGGGGAUUAGAAAGCCAAGUGCACGAAGUUUAUUUUAAUAUUUUUUCUCUCAAUGUUGCUGUUUGUGCCAUACUUGGAUGUUUGAAAAGCAUCCAAGAUUCGCCUUCAUCAAAGUACGUGCAAAUAUUAAUGUAAGUAGUUGUACUUACCAGACAUUUCACAGGUAGUUCUAAGUAGUUAUAUGUAUAAUGCAUUAACAUCGAAUCAUUGUAGGGUGGAGGUUCCUUUUCAUCACUGGAGGAGAAAGCCGUUGUAUGCACAUGUGCCAAUUAAUUUGUAUAGAAUGUAAAUUUAUCCCUAUUUAGUUAUCUUCCUUCUUUUGUUGCCUUAUCUUGGUUGUGACUUCCAUAUAGCUCAAGGUAUUUGAGCUCAUAUUUUAGUCGUUUCUAUAUUUUCUUUUUGAUAUUUUUCUUGCAUGCAAUUGGAUUCACUGAGUACUAAAAUGUACGGUAAUGUAUACUCAGAUUUAGCUUAAAAAUUUUAAGCCUGGUAAGUGAAACUAAGUGUAGAGUUAUUUAAGAAAUUUAAUGUUCUUUUUUAGAUGUUAUUUUCAUAUGUACGAAAAUCUUUCAUCUGUCGUUUCAAUUUAUUCUCUUAUGUUGGUGCUAUCCUACACAAAGUCAUUCACUGAGAAGUGUGUCACUACCACCUGUCUGGUUUGCGUUUAGUGUUGUUGUGGAUCUGUGAUGAAAAUCUUUUUAGGAGGUUUCCAAAGGAAUGCUAUUUAUUAAGAGAAAGUCAUUUUUAUUCAGUCUAUUUAUAUUUUCAUUUGUGACUUGAAAGGAGAAUACUUUAUGUGCUGACAGGUUCAGUCUGGAAAUAAUUUUUUUCUUUCUUUUUUGUACAACAAUCAUGAUGAUAACCUGUCCUAGUAAGUGUUCAUGAUCAUCAUCAUCACCUUGCUCAUCUCAGAGUACAGUAUAUACAGUAAUUUUAUUUCUAAAGAAGAAAUGUAAAUUAUGUCAGAUAUUAAAUAAUUUCAUAAUAUAAGAUAAUUUUAAUGCCACUUGUUUUUCUUGUAUUGGCUUCUUUCUACCCUGCAAUCACUUUAGAUCUAUAAUGUAGAUAGGUAGGACUUUUACUAAUUUUCCAUACUCUCAUUUCUAUGACUAGGUCACAAGUAACAUGUAUUGAUUCACAGAAAAAGAUUAAUUGGUAUAGAUUAUUCACCUUAUAACAACCAGGAUGUUGAUGAUAACUAAAUAUUAGCUUACUACUGACAGUCUUGGGAAUGGAAUAACGUUUAACUGCGGCGGUGGACUACUGACGCAAAACUCAAGUUGAGACUUUUGCAUUUUAAUCCCACAGAUGCAGAAUGUAUUUCAUUUUACAAUAUCCUAAUCUCUAUAAUAUAAAAUGUUUCGUACAAA